AUGUACCCUGACUUGUACAAGGGGUUGAACUUAAAGCCUGAAAAUCUGACAGUCUAUGAUUCACCUUUGGGAAGUUCCUGGGCUACAUGGUCAUACACCGCGGAAUUGAAUUCAACCCCAACCAGAUUAAGGCAAUCAACGAUCUGUGACCACCUCAGAAUCCCAAAGAGGUCUAGAAGUUUACAGAAUGACCGCUACCAUAAACUGGUCCAUUUCCGAUCAGCAAACAGGUGUAGGCCUUUCUUUCAGUUUUUGAACAAGUGGAAGGGGUUCAAAUGGACCGAGAAAUGUGUCCUGGCUUUCCAACAGUUGAAAGAAUAUUUGUCUCAGCCACCCAUGAUGUCCAGACUUGAGGUGGAUGAGGUUUUGUUUGCCUACAUCGCAGUAGCCUCCUACGCGGUAAGUUUGGUGCUAAUACAGGUUGAUAAUGGUAUACAGAGGCCAGUUUAUUAUGUGAGCAAGUCACUACAUAAGGCUGAGGUCCGUUACUUACCACUAGAAAGGGCCAUUCUGAGUGUUAAUUACACAGGGAGAAUUGCAAAGUGGGGCAUGAUUCUAGAGGCUUUUGAUAUCAAAUACAUGCCUCGCACCUCUGUCACAGGAGGAGUCCUCAAUCCUCUAUCCAGCCCUUGGCCUUUUGCACAGUGGGGGUUGGAUAUUGUAGGCCCUUUCCUUAAGGCAGUAAAGAAUAAGAGGUAUUUGUUGGUCGGCACAGACUACUUCACCAAGUGGGUUGAAGCUGAACUACUGGCAAAUAUCAAGGACAUGGAUGCCAAAAGAUUUGUCUGGAAAAAUAUUGUCACACAAUUUGGAAUCCCCCAUACCCUCAUCUCGAACAAUGGACUUCAAUUUGAUAGUAAAGCCUUCAGGAGAUACUGUUGUGAUCUAGGAAUAAAGAAUAGGUAUUCCACUCCGACCUAUCCACAAGGGAAUGGGCAGGUCGAGGCUGUCAAUAAGGUCAUAGUGAGUGGACUUAAAAAUAGAUUGGACGACGCAAAGGAAAAGUGGGUGGAAGAGUUGCCACACGUCCUUUUGACAUACCGGACUACUCCUCGUAAAUCCAUUGGGGAGACGCCCUUUUCAAUGACUUAUGGGGCCGAGGUUGUUAUUCCUUUGGAAACUAGAUUCCCCACACUAAGAACAAAUUCUUUCACUCUGAGCAUCAACGAUGGGCUAUUGGAGAAGAGCUUGGACUUAAUUGAAAAGCGUAGAGAAAAUGCCAUGGUCCAAUUGGCCUACUACCAACACAAGCUCAAGUAA